GUCUUUCUCAAACAACAAGUUGACCGGCUUCAUUCCCAAUGGCAUCGCCAAGCUUUCUUCUCUCACCCGCCUGUCCCUUUCAAACAACGCUCUGACAGGAUCCAUUCCAAUUAACAUUUACCAGCUUCCUCUGCUCGGUUAUCUGUCUCUUUCAUACAACGCCUUGAUGGGCUCCAUUUCCAGUGACAUCUACGAGAUUAUUGGUCUCACUUAUCUGUCUCUUUCAAACAAAAAGUUCACGGGCUCUAUUCCCAGCAACAUAUUCACGCUUCCUCGGUUCUCUUAUCUGUGUUUUCCAAACAACGCUUUAACGGGCUCCAUUCCCAGUCAGGUUUACGGGCUUACUGGGCUCACGUAUCUGUCUCUUUCAAACAACAUGUUGACGGGCACCAUUCCCAGCAACAUAUUGACGCUUCCUCCGCUUGCUUAUCUGUCGUUUUUUAACAACAGAUUGACGGGCUCCAUUCCCAACAGCAUCUCUCUUCUUACUCAGCUUACUUAUCUGUCUCUUUCAAACAACUACUUGACGGGCUCCAUUCCCCGCGGCAUCUCCGAGCUUGUGCAGCUCACUAAUCCGCGUAUACAUGGGAAUCGCUUGGUUGGAUCUCUUCCAUCCUCUCUCAGCCGCUUGGUCAACCUGGUUAACCUGGAUCUCUCAUCUAAUUCCCUGAGUGGCCCCAUGUUGAGCAACUUCGCCUUCCUUGAUGGCCUCACCUAUCUAAACAUCUCUGCUAAUAACCUCAGUGGGGAGAUUCCACCCGAGAUUGGAGGCCUUACUUCAUUAAAGUACUUAAACAUCUCUGGUACCAACCUCACAUGCCCACCUGACGACUCCGCCUGUGGCGUAACACAGUUGCCUACCACAUCCUUUUGUCGCACGUGUAACCCCUUCUGCAAUACUUGCACCAACCAAUCUGCAGAAAUCAGCAGAGGCAGCAGCAUCAGCAGCAGUGAGUCUUCUUCAGCAGGAGGUGGAGGUGGAGUGUCAGUGGGAGGCAUCAUUGGCAUUGUUGUUGCUGCUGUGGUCAUUCUCCUGCUUCUGGGCGCCACUCUGCUUUACGUCCGGCGCAAAAAGAGCACUGGCAGCAUCCUGAUCGACUCGGAAUGCACGGAGCUCUCACUGGCAGAGGUCAUUGAGGCCACCAAUGACUGGUCAAAGGACAACCAGCUGGCCUCGGGUGCCUUUGGUGAUGUGUUCAAGGGCGUGUCUCCCCGCGAUGGCACAGAGUGGCCUGUGAAGCGCGCCAGGCUGAUCGACAUGGACUUUCAGAAGGAGAUCCAGCAUAUGGCCGACAAGAACCAUCCCAACAUUGUGAGACUUCUUGGCUUUGCGAUCGGGGGAGACUUGAGGUCACGGGCAGAGCAAGCUCUCAUCUAUGAAUACGUGCCCAAUGGCGACCUUCGCAAGUGGAUUGAUCCAG